ACGUUCCGGUAUCUUCAUUGUGAAUAACCUCAACGUUUCAGGAAACAGAAAUCAACCAAAGAUCAACGUAGUACCGUCUAUCUGUAGGUUUAAUUAAUUUCGUGAUGAUUACCGACGUUUUCGGUUCGUUAAUGUAAUUGGGUCAUUAGAUAACGCUUUCGAAACUGUAUCCAUGAGUAUGGAACGGAUGAAUGACGCUGAUUAUAUGCUGAAAAUAAACGAAGGCAACACGGAAAAAAGAAAAAAAAAGUGAAUCUCCAUUGUCCGGCAUCGCGAUACAUGGGUAUUAAAACGAUGAUAAUACAAGGAUAAAACGAGGAUUACAUUUUUCGCGAUAAAAAUUUAGAAAUUAUCAUUGCAUCAAAAAAGUGUAUUGUGAGAGAGAUGUAUCAAUGGUGCAAAUAGAUUCACGUUCAAGAUGGCGUACAAUUAUAAUAUCGAAGAGAUACCGCCCGAUGAUGUUCCCACUGUGGAACAUGAUAUACGACGAGCUAAAAAGUUCCUUCAAAAACACAGUCCAGAAUCAGGUGAUAGUCUGUACGAUCACUUGACAGAAGUGUUGGCCAAAAUACUCACUGAGAGACCAAAAAAUGCAGUAGAUAUUUUCGAGGAAUUUAGCAGAAAAGUAAAAGAGGAGAGAUUCAAAACUAAAUCCAGUCAUCUUCGAGACAUGUACGUUCCACCGACUCAGUUCGAGCAUGCGAAAAAAAUCAUCAAACUGUUCAAGAAACUAGAAAAAUUCUAUGAAACUAUAGGAGAAAAAAUCGAAGAAGAUAUUGAGGAAGAUGAAGAUAAAAAGAAGAAAAUACCAAAUAUGUUAGAUUUUUUGUUUUAUUUCGAGCAAACUGGCAUAGGAUUACCUCGUAGAGAAUUGGUGUUGCUUAAUUUGUCUAUAAGGGAACUCAUGGCUGAGAAUCCUAUAGAAAAUGUCAGAUUUUGGGGAAAAAUUCUCGGAAUUCCGAAAAAUUAUUAUGUAGUGGAAGCAGAUUUACAACCAGAGGAACUAAAUUUAAGAAUAGAGAAAAUGGCGGAAGAAGAGGAACGGAGACGUCAAGAAAAGCAAGCGAAAGCGGAAGAAGCGGCAAAAGCCGAAAAACAAGCUGUUGAAGACAUGGAAGGAGCGACACAGGAAACGGGGAAAACAGAGGAAGAAGCGGCACCCGAGGGCUUGAAGCUCGUCUUUCCGCCUCUACCUACUCGUACAUGGAUACCACCACCGGAAAUACCUUCAGAGAAACUCGGAACUGGCACAAAUACCAAAGUAUAUUUUGUAUGCAACGAGCCCGGUUUGGACAAGUGGAUCGAACUGCCACCGGUUACACCGCAGCAGAUAGUAAUUGCACGAUACAUUGUUCGUUAUUGCACAGGAAAUUUAGAAACACCGAUUCACACUUUCCCACCAUUUCCUGGUAUGGAAAAGAAUUAUCUUCGUGCGCAAAUAGCCAGGAUUAGUUCGACUACCCAAGUUUCGCCAAUUGGGUUCUACACUUUUGGCAUAGGGGACGAGGAAGAAGAGGUAAUGGAGGAAAUGGCAGAAGGUGGAGUAUUGUCUGAGAACGUGAAUUAUGAUCCGUUGCCUAUUAAAGAUUUGAUAGACCCUUCUAUGUCGAACUGGUGUCAUCAUAUGCCCUAUAUUUUGAAACAAGGUCGUAUUGAAUGGUGGAGUCCACGGAAACAGGAAGAAGAACUUGAAGAAGAAAUAGGUGAAGAAGAAGAGGAGGAAGAAGAAAAAGAAGAGAAGGAGGUUGGACCUCCGCUUUUGACACCUUUGUCGGAAGAUGCUAUAAUAGACUCGAUAAUACCGUGGGGUACUUCAUUAUCUUCCCGUGUCCAACCUGAUCAGGCGGUUGCAUUAAUUAGAUCAAACAUUUGGCCUGGAGCGUAUGCUUUUGCUUCCGGAAGGCGUUGCGCUAACGUGUACAUUGGUUGGGGUCACAAAUACACGGCGUACAAUUACAGCCCUCAGUCUAUGCCACCUGUACAGGAUCAGUAUAAAAUCGGUCCUGAGAUUAUGGAAAUUCAGGAUCCAACCUUCGAACAAGAAGAGGCCUUUAGAAUUGCUCAUUUGCCGCCUCCACCUGUUAUACCGACAGAAGAAGAAGAAGAAGGUGUAGAAGAGGAAGAAGAAGAAGAAGAAGAAGAGGACGAAUAAUAUAAUAGAUAACUGCAUUAUCAAGCAAUGAUUUUGGUUUGGAUUUGUUAGUAAAAUCGCGUUUAUAUACUUUUAUAUUUAAUUUAA